UCCAAAAAAAAAAUCUUUCCAUGUUUUAACACAGAUGAUAAUUUUAACGUUUGACGAUUGAGUUUUAAUUAAUAAUGCCUUUUGGGUAUUCAUAAAUAAUAAUAAUAUUUAUUUAAACGGUAAAAAUAAAUCAAACUUGAUUUAUCCAUAACGAUAUGAUGAGAGCGAUGUGAACAAGACAAUGGUUUACAGUAAAAUGAUCUAAUACUUCAAUCUUUACGGCUUCCUCUCAUGAUGUCAUGCUUUUGUUUUUCUAGAAGAUGAAUCAUUGUGAUGAAUAUUUAAGUAAAAUAAAAUAAAUCAAACUUGGUGAAAAAUACAUUGUGCAACAUUUAUUCCUUAUCGGAGUUUGCGGUCGGUAUUAUUUUUAAUCGGACUUUGCAGCUUCCGGUAUGACGACUAUGAUAUCACGCGUUUGUUUUUCUAGAUUGCGGUUUCCGUUUCCGUUUCCGGCCUAGCAUUGUACCCAGCAAACAACUCGCAAUUCACGUCAGUCUCUACUUGCCUCUCGUCGAAAUUAGUCGUUUCACUGUGAAAAAUAAAAAAAAAAUGUUUCUGUGCAGCACUUGUGGGGAAUUGUUUUCCUAUAAAAGGAAUUUGACAAGACAUGCGAAGACUUGUAAUGCCAAUGAAAUCCAAACUGCCACGCCCCAAACCAGCGUGGACGAGGGUGCUAGCCUUAGUAAACAUAUGUGCCAAAAAUGUUUGAAAUCCUUUAGCAGAAGUGAUAGUUUAGGCAGGCAUAUGAAGAUUUGUAAAGGAGCCCCUAAUGUCAAUCAGCCUGAACCAAAAAAUUUAGAGAAGACCUCCCUGAAAAGAACAAGCUCUGCCACUAACAUCAAUCAGGCAGAGUCAGAGUCUUCGGUGCCAAAGAGAGCUAGACUUGGUUUCAAUAACGAGCACUUGGUAAUGCAGGAGGAAGGUGUUUACUUAGUUAAUACCUCUUACAAAAACCGAAUUGCUACAUACCGACUUUUAUCGAAAAAAGAUCCUAUCAGCGUUAAUGAUUUUUUAGCUAAUCUCCGCGAAAAAAUCAUUUCGCUGGUAAGAUGCCAAAUCGAAAGGUUUGGUAAUGUGAAAGUCGGUAUGGAGCUUUUCGGGCGUUUCCUCCUGCAGACAAAGGAGGUAGAGGAGACCAAGUCCUUUGGCUCUAGGUUCAGGGGAGCAAGUCAGGGCACCGAUUUGGAGGAGUUGUUUGAUCAGUUCACUACUAUCAUUAAGCGGAGAUUCCAGGAGUUCAAUGAAAAAGAUAGUGGUUGGACUCUUCAGCAACUCCUUCACGUAGAUGUAAGGGUAAAUAAAAUCAACCCACUAAAAGCCUCAUCUUAUAUACCAUUACCGAAGGAAAUAGAAGCGAAAAGGGCUGUGUUGAACAUACAAAACACUGACCAGAAAUGUUUUGUAUGGUCGGUUUUAGCCGCCUUUCACCCAGUUCCCCGAACUCAGAACGCCAACCGAGUCCAGAAUUAUCAUCCAUUUGAGCAGGAAUUGGAUGUGACAGGUAUAGAUUUUCCGAUAUCUUUGAAACAGGUGUCAAAAUUCGAACAACUCAAUAAUAUUUCUAUUAAUGUUUAUGGACUCGAGAAGGGUUAUAAACAUGAUAGGAAUAUUAUUGAAGUUGUGGGUCCUUUGUAUUUUACUAGAUCUCAUAAGACAGAUAGACGUGUGAAUUUGUUAUUAAUCAGUGAUGAUUCUGGCAAUAAUCAUUACUGUUUAAUAAGAAAUAUGUCUCGCCUAAUCUCCAAACAACUUUCAGGCAAACAACAUUCAAAAUUCUUAUGCGAUGGUUGCUUGGUUUAUUUUUCUUCAGAUAUUAAAUUAGAAAAUCAUCAAAAAUACGAUUGUGGUCACGUUGUAGUUGAAACUCCUUCGAAUAAUUUAAAGAAAAAUAAAUAUGGUGAAAAUAUUCCCGAGAAUAUCCUUAAAUUUACGAAUUUCGAACGAAAAUUAAAAGUACCUUUUGUUGUAUACGCUGAUUUUGAAACUAUUUUGGAACCUAUACAAACAGAGCAAAACGAGUUGGAUCCUGAAAUUUCCUAUACGGUGAAAACACACCAACACGUUCCUUAUUCUUUUGCCUAUUACAUUAAAUGCGAUUUUGAUAAUUCUCAGUCGAUUUUCAAGACUUUUAGAGGACCUGAUGCACAUAAAGUUUUCAUAGAUUGGUUAGAGACUGAUUGUAAAUCAAUCUACAAUCGAUUUAUGAAAAAUAUUGUAUCCAUGUCUCCUCUCAGUAGCGUACAAGAAGCUGAGUUUUAUCAGAUGACGCAUUGUCAUAUUUGCGAAAGACCGUUUAAUGUGGAAGAUGACAGAGUAAGGGACCACUGUCAUCUGACAGGAAAAUAUCGAGGUGCGGCUCACUCUGUUUGUAAUCUAAAUUUUAAAAUACCUAAUUUCAUUCCUGUGUUCUUCCACAAUAUGUCAAAUUUUGACAGCCAUCUUUUUAUAAAAGAAUUGGCUGUGGAGGAAGAACGAUUGGACGUCAUUCCCCAAAACAAAGAAAGAUAUAUUUCUUUUACAAAAUAUAUUAUGGUGGGGGAUGACGACAAUAACCAGGAAAAGCGACAACAAAAGUUAUUUUUAAAAUUAAGAUUUUUGGAUAGUUUUCGAUUUAUGGCAUCAAGCCUGGAUAAACUAAGUCAAAAUUUAACAUCACAGCAGUGUCGCGAGGUUAGAAAGUAUUUCCCUAACGAAGAAGAAUUUAAGGUUAUUCGUAUGAAGGGUGUUUUCCCAUAUUCGUACGUAGAUUCCUUUUCCAAAUUAGACGAUACCAAGCUUCCACCCAUUGAUGGUUUCUAUAACGAACUUAGAAAAGAAGCCAUCAAACAAGGAGAUUACGAGCGUGCAUUGAACGUAUGGAAUUUAUUUAAAUGUCAAACUUUAGGCGAAUAUUCAGAUAUAUAUUUAAAAUCCGACGUACUAUUAUUAACUGAUGUUUUUGAGAAUUUUAGAGAGGUGUGUCUACAAACAUACGGUCUAGAUCCUUGUCAAUACUUCACCGCACCAUCUCUGUCCUUUGACGCGGCUUUAAAAACUACAUCUAUCGAGCUGAAAUUAUUGACAGAUCUAGACAUGAUACAUUUCUUUAAACACGGGAUUCGCGGCGGUGUCAGUCAAUGUAGUGUUAGAAAAGCUAUCGCGAAUAACAAAUUUAUGUCUAUAUACGACGCUUCCAAACCUACUUCCUACAUUAUGUACUUGGAUGCUACCAAUUUAUAUGGUGCAGCCAUGUCGCAAUAUCUACCAACAGGUAACUUUACGUGGCUAACAGAAGAAGAAAUUUCAAACUUAAAUUUUAUGAAUAUCGAUAAAAAUUCUAAUAUAGGUUAUGUUUUUGAAGUCGAUUUAGAGUAUCCGGAGCAUUUACAUGAUUUACACAACGAAUUACCCUUUUGCCCAGAGUCCGUUCAACCAGAGGGAUCUAAAGUUUCAAAAUUAAUCCCCAAUUUUAAUUCUAAAGUUAGAUAUGUAAUUCAUUAUCAAAAUUUACAACAAGCGUUGAACCAUGGUCUGAAACUUGCCAAAAUUCAUCGCAUUUUAUCAUUUAAUCAAUCUCCCUGGUUGAAAACCUACAUUGAUCUAAAUACAGCAAAGCGUAAUAACGCUGAAAAUAAGUUUGAAAAAGAUUUUUUCAAACUUAUGAAUAACGCUGUAUUUGGAAAGACAAUGGAGAACGUGGAGAAACGGGUAAAUAUUAAGUUAGUUACCCACUGGGAAAAUAUUGGUAGAAAGCUAGGGGCAGAAGCGUACAUUUCCAAACCGCAUUUUAAAGACUUGACGAUUUUUAGCGAGAAUUUAGUCGCAAUACAUAUGGCUAAACAGAAAAUCGUAUAUAAUAAACCUAUUUACGUAGGUUUUUCAAUUUUGGAAAUUUCCAAAACUAUUAUGUAUGAUUUUUUGUAUAGUUAUAUUAAACCAAAGUACGGUAAUAAAGCCUCACUGCUCUACACUGACACCGAUUCUCUAAUUUUACAAAUUCAAACCGACAAUUUUUAUGAUGACAUGCGCGAAAAUUUGGAUAGAUUCGAUACGUCAAAUUACUCGCAAAACAAUCCACACGAUAUUCCUGUAAAUUCGUCUGUGUUGGGCCGUAUGAAGGAUGAAUAUGCAGGAAAAAUUUUGUGGGAGUUUUAUGGAACUGGGGCUAAAGCAUAUUGUGUAAAUGUGGAUGGUGAGUUAACGAAAAGGCCAAAGGCGUGCUGA